AUGAGUCAAGGGAGUGGAGAAGCAGCUGAGAAGAGGAGUGAGUCGCCAACAUCCAAGAUUGAGGCGUUGGAUGGCUCCAACUACGAGGAAUGGAGCGGGCGGAUGAGGAGCGUCUUCAAGCGCUACGAGCUGCUGGAACUUGCGAUGAGAGAAGAGAAGAUGCCAGAGGAAGGAGAUGCUCAGGAGCGGUGGAUCGAGCGGUGGAUCGAGCGGAGCACGCCAAACACGCUGCCCAUGGUGAUCGUGCUCGAGAAGGAGCUGGUGGCCAUCUCCAUGCGAUCGGGAGAUGAUGUGAAGCCGGUCCUUGACAAGAUCAAGGACACAUAUGCGAGGAUGGCAGCGGCGGGCAGCGAGCAGGACAAGUGGACGCCUGAGUGGCUACGGCAGCAGAUCUUGCUGGAGGACUUCCGCAGACGCCACACGGGAGGUGGUGCUGCCAACAAAUCUGCUGAGGGGUAUGGAGCUGUAGGAGGCAGCAGAGGAAGAGGGGGAGGGAGAGGUCGAGGCCGUGGGAGAGGCUUUGGCAGAGGGAGAGGCCGAGGCAUGAAGCCGCCAGGUGGUGAACGUGCACGAGGUGGCGCUGUGCAAGGUUCUGGUGCACAAGGUGAUCGUGCACAAGGUAAAGCUGACCCUGGGAUGUUCCUCAUGGUUGAGGAUGUGCAAGGGAGUGGGGGUGAUGUGGGUUCAGUUGGGAAGGUUGUGAUGCACCCCCUCACCAACUGGGUGAUAGAUUCAGGUUGCACAAGUCACAUGACCCCACGGGCAGUUUUCCUUGACGAGGUUAUGGGAGCCAAUGGGGGGCUUGUGGGGCUGGGGAAUGAGCUGUUGGUUGAAAGUUUGUCCGCUAACCUCCUCUCUGUUCGCCGGCUGCAGAAAAGCAAGGUCAAAGUGACUUUCGGCCCAACCAGCUGCCGUGCAAAGCUUGGGAAGUUGUUGAUGUGGGACUUGGAGGAGAAGAGCAGCUGCAUGAAGGACCUCUGGCAGCUGCCCAUCAUUCCUUGGAAUGGGAAACCACCAGCAACGGCAGCGGCAGUGGCAACGGCUAAAAUAGCUGCGGGAGGAGAGGAGACUGCACCAAUUGCUGGGGCCCUGGAUGUAGUCAAGAAGGUGCAGCAGCCACAGCAUUCACAUGCUGAGGUGCUUGCUGGUGUGGAUGGGAGCGCUCCAUGGGCAAAGGCUUCAUCUGGGAGCGGUGGGGCCAAUUGUGAGACGUGGCACGAGAGGUUGUGUCACAUCAACAUCCCUAUGUUGCAGAAGUUAUUGAAGGAUGGGUGCUUGAAGGGGCUGGAGGUGAAGGGGGCAGCAAAGGAGAUUGGGAGCUGUCCUACAUGCCUUGAGACCAAGUUCACAAAAUUUCCCUUCAGCAGCAGCACAGGACCAGCCAAGGCUCCACUUGCACUAGUGCACAUGGAUGUGGUGGGCCCCACGAGGGCCCUUUCUCUCUCGGGCAGCCGCUACUUCUUGACGAUAGUGGACGACCACACGCGUGCGGUGUGGGUGUACCCUCUCAAGACCAAGGGGGAGGUGGCAGCGGAUGUUCUCAAGGAGUGGAUGCCGAGAGCUCAAAGGGAGAGCGGACACAAAGUGAAGGUGAUCCGCACUUACAACGGGGGAGAAUUCAUUGGCGCUGAUUUUGAGGCGGUGCUGAAGAAGAAGAGGAUCCAGCAUCAGCUCACGGUGCCCUACAACCCUCAGCUGAACGGCGUGGCUGAGUGGUUCAACUGGACCCUGCAGGAAGGUGCUCGCACUCUCCUUGGGCGUGCAGGGCUGCCGGAUCCGUUUUGGGUGACUGCAGUGCGGCAGGUCGCCCUUGUGAAGAACAGGGUGCUGGCGACUGUGGGGGACAAGCAGUGGGUCCCCUACACCAAGUGGGAUGUGAAGUUCCUCGAGUCCUUGUACUACAAGGAGUGGAAGCAGAAGCAGCAGAAGCUUCCUACAACACCGCUGAUUGUUGAGGCCAAUGAGAUGCAGCGGCCUUCGAGGCAAGUGGAGGUUUCUGUCUCUGAGAAUGAAAUCUCUGGGGUGACUGAGGAUGGGGGAGAACCUGGGGUGGAGGAGGAGGAGGAGCAGCAGCAGCAGCAGCUACUACUGCUGCAGCAGCAGCAAGGUGCUCCACAAGGUGCCGCACGUCCGGCUGUCCGUCCUAGGAGGGAUGUGCGCCCUCCUAACCGGCUGACCUAUCCGAGCAUUGGCAAGCCGAUGGUGUUAAGGGCUGGGAGUGUGGCUGAGCAGUGCGAUGAGGAGGAGAUAGCACACUGCUACUGGGCAGCCGUCCUUGAGCCCAAGACGCUAGCUGAGGCAUUGAGUGGGCCAGAUGCUGAAAAAUGGAAGCAGAGUGUGAAGGAGGAAUAUGACUCUCUACUGGAGAGCGAGACGUGGGAGCUGUCAAACCGUGGAUGGCGGGUGAAGCAGAUGGACAUUACCACCGCCUUCCUCAAUGGGAUCAUUCUGGAGGAGCUGUACAUGAAACAGCCUGAGGGAUUGGAUGAUGGGUGCGGCAGGGUGUGCAGGCUGAAGAAGGCCAUGUAUGGCCUGAAGCAGGCUCCUCGCACCUGGUACCACAAGCUGGAGGAGACACUGCUGGCUGGGGGGUUCAAGAAGAGUGAGUUUGACCAAAGCCUGUUCCUGCUGCAAGAGAAGGAGCACUUUCUCAUGCUCCUGGUGUAUGUGGACGACAUCUUGCUCUUCUCUGACUCAUCUGCGAUGAUUGAGCGUGUGGAGGAGAUGCUCGAGGUGCAGUUCAAGUGCUCGAAGAAGGGAGAUGUGAAGUAUUACCUUGGGAUGCAUGUGGAGAGGGACCUUGACAAGGGAGUGUUGAGGUUGCACCAGAGGAAGUACUAUGAGGGGCUGGCCGAGAAGUAUGGGCUGCAAGAUGGAGGAAAGCCAGCCACCCAACUGCCUUUAGGGUUCACAGUGGAGCCCUGUGUUGAUGAAGAGGUGGUGGGUGAGAGUGAGAGGAAGCUACUUCACUCCAUGGCCGGGGCGCUCAACUAUGCGGCUAACCAUACGCUGCCUGACAUUGCCUUUGCAACAUCCAGGCUUGCUGGUGUGGUUUCACGCCCCAGUCAUGAGCAGCUGGAAGCGGCCAAGAGGUUGGUCCGCAAUGUGAGUGCUCCAGCAUCAGUGGGUUUGGAGUACAGUGCUGUGAGACAGAGGCUGCAGAGAGGUGCAGUUGAUUUGAGCAAGGGGGAGAGGCUCUUGACGUGCUACACCGACGCUACCUUCAACUAG